AUGCUGCGCCACACGUCCCUAGCGCCAGCUGGACGUCGCAUUCGUCGCCUACGAUGUCUCAGCUCUUCAAUCCCUCGUGUCUCGAAGAGGGGACAGGGCUGCAAGUCGCUGCAAGUGGGCGAGACGUACCACAACUUUACACUUGAGCGAGUCGCGACUGUGCCUGAGUAUGGCGUGGACGCCCUGGAGCUGCGUCACGAGCCCACGAAGGCCAGGUACCUGCACAUCGAUGCAAAGGAUGUGAACAAUGUUUUUGCCGUCAUGUUCCGCACGCCACCGAGCGACUCGACGGGUGUAGCGCAUAUUCUGGAGCACACAGCGCUAUGUGGCUCGAAGCGCUUCCCUGUGCGCGACCCGUUCUUCAACAUGAUCAAGCGCAGUCUGAACACGUACAUGAACGCUCUCACGGGAGUAGAUCACACGAUGUAUCCGUUUUCGACGACCAACGCCAAAGACUGGCGCAAUUUAAUGAGUGUAUAUCUUGACGCAGCCUUUUUCCCCAAAUUGGAUCCGCUUGACUUCUUGCAAGAGGGGCAUCGGCUCGAAAUCAGUGAGGAUACCAAGCACGGAGAUGGACAACUUGUGUACAAGGGAGUCGUGCUAAACGAGAUGAAGGGAGUGUUUUCCGAUAGCAACAACCUCUUCGGUACGAGAUUGCAACAGGAACUUAUGCGUGGCACCAUCUACGAGCACGUGAGUGGAGGUGACCCGAAGCACAUUCCGUCGUUGACGUACGAAGAGUUGUGCGCAUUUCACAAGAAAAACUACCAUCCGUCCAACUGCUGCUUCUACUCUUAUGGUGACUUGCCACUCACGGACCACUUGGCCUAUCUGGACCAGGAGGUCCUAAACAAGUUUGACUACUGCACCGAAUCGGCAGCUACUCGAGUGAAUACAGAGGGGUUCAACAUUUAUAAGACCGACCCAGAGAACGCAGAUCUGAUUGUGAUACAAGGCCCCAGCAGCAACAUGAGCAGCGACUCUACUGAUCCUAACACCAAGUAUUGCAUCAGCAAGUUUGUCGACGUGAAGUCAACAGACCCUUUCCCAAAUUUUGUGCUGCGGAUAGCUGGCUAUUUGUUGACAAAUGGCCCGGCAUCACCAUUAUACAAGGCACUGAUUGACUCGAAUCUUGCGCAAGACUUUUCAGUUGGUACGGGCUUUGACACGUCUACCUACUACCCUACGUUCGGUGUAGGUGUAGAGGGCAUCGAGGGUGGACAAGAUGCGAUUCCCGUCAUCCGCAAGGCUGUGCGCGACGCGUUGGAGAAGGUAGUAGCAGACGGAUUUGAAAAAGGACGAGUGGAUGGUCUACUGCACCAACUGGAGCUAAGUCUAAAGCAUGUGACGGGCAACUUUGGCUUGCAGCUCAUGCAUGGCAUCAGCUCUGCCUGGGCUCAUGGAGGCGACAUCAUUGAUAAUCUGCAACUGAAUCCUUUACUGGAGCGCUUGAAUGAAGAAAUGACUCGCGACCCAAAGUACAUCGAGACCUAUGUGCGCGACUAUUUUAUGCGUGACGAUUUGCGCGAAGUUCAGAUACUCAUGUUGCCUUCCGAAGACUUUGUGCGAAACCAAGAACUCUCUGAGCGUGAGAAUCUAGCCGCGACACUACUUGAGCAAGUCAACACUGACCUAGAUCGAAUCGCUGAGGCCACAGCGCAGCUUGAGCGUCAUCAGCAGAAAGAGCAGCCCGUGGAAUGCCUGCCUACACUGACGCUGGACGACAUUCCGCGCGUCGAAGAAGGAAACUUUGACCGUAUCGACAAGACACAUCUUCAUUCGACAUCGACGGAGUUCGUGCGCGUGCCGUCGACCAAUGAAGUUUCUUACUUGCGCCUCCUCUUCGAUUUGGAAGCGCUGCCCCCAGCGUACCACCGAUACAUUAACGUCUUUACGACGGUAUUUGGAUCCUUGGGUACCACACGAUAUGCUUACGACGAGCUGUCCACGGUAAUCGCAAACUGCAGUGGAGGCAUAUCGUGCUCAGCUAUGACGGCGCCAUCGCUUGUGGAUGCGAGCGAUGCGCCCAGCAAGCAAGCCCUUUUGGUUGGUACAAUGUGCUUGCCGCACAAGGUGGAUGCGACGCUGAGUCUUCUGCUCGAGUUGCUCGUUGACACACAAUUUCAAAGCGAAGAGAAUCUACGACAGCUGCGUCUUAUGCUGCAGAGUAGCGCGUCCACCGCUAGCAGCAGCAUCUCGUCAUCAGGUUCCGCCUUAGCCGGUAUACGCUCACGCGUGGGUCUUACUUUUGCAAGUAUGUACGACGAGCUGUACAGCGGCUUGACGCGGAUUGAGCAGCUCCAGAGCUGGGCACAGUGCUCCGAUGAUGAUCUACGCCAACUCGCUGGUAAACUUCAGGACAUUGCGCGGGUCGUGUUUUCGCCCACGACUCUGCGCCUAUCUGUUGUAACGGAAGAAAAGCUUCGUGGUCAGAUCGAACAGUCGCUGGUGUCGAAAUUUCUUCAGCCGCUCGCUGGAUCCUCCUCACUUGUCGACGUUGCGUCGCUGACGCUGUCGAACGAGGAGCUCAAGCUGCCCAUUGCGCCAAGCAAGAACUAUUUUGCCUUUCCCGUCUCUGUGCAUUCCGUCGUGGAGACGCAGCCGUCAGUGUCAUUUGCUCACGACGACCAUGUACCGCUUACUGUGUUGGCACAGAUGAUGUCAUCGUGUUACCUGCAUCAGCAAGUGCGUGAGCAAGGUGGGGCGUACGGGUCUGGCGUGUCUCAAAACGAGGGCUCCUUGUCGAUGAGCUCGCACUACGACCCAAACACGUUCAAGACGCUUGACGCUUACGCAGGUGCACGUCAGUGGGCUGUCGGUGGAAAGUUCUCUGAUCGAGACGUCCAGGAAGCGAUACUGUCGGUGUUUGCAAGUAUCGACGCCCCCAAGACUCCAUCAAUGAAAGGCCGAAUGAGUUUUUUGCGUGGCAUCACCAACGAGAUGCGCCAGCGCCGUCGUGAGCAAUACCUGUCCUUGACGCGCCGAGAGCUCGUGGACGUCGCGGUCAAGUAUUUCAGCGGGAACGUGCCAAACAGACGCACUGUUAUUAUCGGCAAAGACAGUGACGAUCUCCUCCAGUUCUCGAACAAGGGUUUCGACGUGCGGCAAUAUACCUCGUCAACCUCUUCCGAGGCGUAG